AAAUUACAUCAGAUCCUUGUCAUUUUUUACAUACAUUCUUUGUUGUUUGAGGUGAGAACCAAUGAAGAAGAUGUUGAAAGAUUUUUUACUUGUGCUCUGCAAUGUAUUGAGGCGCUCCAAAAUGAAAAUUCGGGCAAUAUCAGACAAGAGCGGCUUUAUAGAGAGCUAGAUGAUCAUACACGAACUGUAUCUAAAGAUUCACAAUAAAUGUGGUUGUGAUCAGGAAUGAAACAAGAAAUUCCUUAAAUGUUUUAAUAGUCAAAAAAACAGUGGGGGCAGUACUGAGAAAACAGUUUAACACAGGACUGUACUGGAGAGUUAGGGAUGAAGUUAGGGAUGAAGUCCAUAGAGGGUGAAGCAGUUUUCUGAACAGAGACCAAGUAGAAGUCAAACCAUUCACUUUCUUAAGUCCACUCAUAUGCCGAUCAGGACAAGGUAGGUGUUCACUUUCUGUUUUCUCUCACUUGCUGUCAUAUCUCAUUUUAUUUAUUACAAUUUUGGUUCAUCAUUUUAAUGGAGCUGGCAUUAAAUGUAUCAUACAUAACUCUUGAUGGGUUUUUCCAUGUGAACAAAUACAGAUAUCUUUAUUUUAUGAUCAUGUUUACUGUAUACAUUCUCAUGCUCUGUUGUAAUUUCACCAUUGUAUUCCUCAUUGUGGUUGAGAAAAGUCUCCAUGAGCCUAUGUACAUUUUUAUUGCAGCUUUGCUAUUGAACUCUGUUAUGUUAAGCACUGUUAUUUACCCAAAGCUUUUGAUUGACUUUUUAUCUAAAAGACAGAUCGUAUUUUAUUCCGUCUGUCUCUUUCAGUUUUUUAUGUUUUACUCCUUGGGUGGUUCAGAAUUUUUACUCUUGUUUGCCAUGGCCUAUGACAGAUAUGUGUCUAUAUGCAAACCUCUGCAAUAUCCAAUUAUCAUGACAAAAAACACUAUCAGCAUUUUUUUAACCUUAGCUUGGAUUGUGCCUUCUUCUCAGGUUGCAGUGGCAGCUGUAUUAAUGGCCAAUAAAAAAAUCUGUAACUUUACUUUCACUGGAAUUUUUUGCAACAAUACAAUUUACAAGCUUCUAUGUGUGCAUUCAAAAGCACAGACUGUAUAUGAUAUGGUUGUACUAUUUAAUGUUGCAAUUCUCCCUGCAGUUUUCAUAUUCUUCACUUACACCAGGAUACUUGUGAUAUCCUAUCAAAGCUGUAAAGAAGUCAGGAGAAAAGCUGCACAGACCUGUUUGCCCCACUUGAUAGUUUUGAUCAGCUAUUUGUGUUUGUGUGCAUUUGAUAUCAUUAUAUCUGGUCUGGAGUCUAAUUUUCCAAAGAUUGUACAUUCAAUAUUGGCUUUGCAAAUCGUAAUGUAUCCUCCCCUUUUCAAUCCAAUUAUAUAUGGACUAAAAAUGAAGGAGAUUUCUAACCACCUCAAAAGGUUGUUCUGCGCUGUCAAAAUAAACUAA